AUGAUUGGAAGCUUGGCGCGCGACCGAGAUGACAAUGAGCGCCGUCUACAGGCCGUCGAGGCGUCCGCACGAAAACAGAAGUCACGCCUUGAAAAUGAACUGGUCAGUGUCCAAUUAGAAUUGUCUACCCUUCAACACAAGUAUCAGGAUUUAGUUUCACAGAUAAAGACCUCUUCCAUGAAAACAGUGAGGACGAGUGAUGAUGCAGCAGCAUCAUCACUCGUCGCCAGUCUCAGUAACCGUACGUCACAUUUGAAUCAUAACGCUAAAAUCGUCAUGGAUCACGUGCUCACCAAUGAUGGGGAUAGCUAUAAUCCACAAACAGGUGUUUUUACGUGUCAACAGCCGGGCACUUAUGUCUUCUACAUCACCAUACAGGUAGAACAUGGACACAGAUUUGGGGCGGAAAUCGUCAAAAACGGGGAGGUGAUAGCCAGGGUUUUAGCAGAACCGAUGUACUCCCGGGCUUCCUCGUCCACUUCCGUGAUUGUAAACCUAUCGGUCGGGGACAUUGUGUACGUCAGGUCAGAUGGAAAUUUUGACAACACAACGCUUCAAUAG